AUGCAUCUGGUGCAUGGGAUUGAUUGCAACUAUAGGAAUACCGAUGAUCUGGACAGCUUUGGCUGCAGAUUUCUGGCAGAGGAGAUUGGAAGUGGGGCAGCCACAGCCGCAAUGUCCAUCAAAAAAGCGGCGAAGAUCGCCAAUGCUUUUGUGGGAGAUGGGCUCCGUCAGUCCACAGCACAUGAGCUGGGACGCAAAGGCCGAUCCCGGGACUUUUGGCGCUGGAUGAAGCUGCCCUUCGACCCUUACACGGUGGAGCUGCCCUUGCAGAAAGCAGGCUUGGAUCCUCAUGUGGUCAUGGAAAGCAUCAACUUUGUGUUGCCGUCUGACAUGCUGGCCGAGAUGCUUCGUCAGAAUGUGUGCAUUGGUCUUCUUAACCAGUACGUUUCUACGUUGGAUAUUUGCGUCUUCGGUCCCGAAGGACAUAUAUCCUUGGCUACCUAUUGGGCCGAAGAAAGUGCUGACUUCCUGCAAAAAAUCAAGCUGAAGCAGGCCGACGCGGCGUUCGCCAUUCCUCUCUUUCUUCAUGAAGACGGUGUUCCCAGUUUCAAGGACGAAUCCUACUCUUUUUGGAGUUGGAGCUCGCUGUCACGGCACCAAAGCGCCUACUCCAGGGCCUUCGUGGUGGGUUUGCCUAGCUCUCGUGUCUUGCCAUCCACACGAGCAACAAUCUGUGACGUGCUGGCGUGGGAUCUGGCCAACUUGGCGAAAGGCGUGCGACCGACGCACGAUCACCGUGGAAGGGUGCUCACAGGCAACCGUGCCAAGCUCGCUGGCGAGGACAUAUGUGGCGGUUAUACUGCUCACUUCACUUGGUGGAAGGGGGACAUGGAAGCCAGAGUUUCUGCUCACAACCUCCAGACUCGGCACUACCGAACGAUGCGGGAUAUCAUUGCGUCUGCCCUGACAUCCUGGCUGCUGCUUGGUAUACUGCAGAAGCACCUCGGUACCGGCUACGAAGAGGUGAACAAAGCCUUGCACCGGUUCACAUAUCUGGGCAAACAGUGGGCCAAAACAGUCGGUGAAGAACUCAACAUCAAGGACACGU